CUACUAUCCUGUGCAAAAAAGGAUAGCCGCACCGUACUCUGCCAUCUCGUAACGAAGUCGGGUCACGAAGAACAGAUGCACUUGAUUCAAAGUUUUUGAUGAUUUUCUGACUAUACCAUGAUUAGGGGCGCAGUCAAAAAGCUUAUUAUUACCAGCAGAAUAAACACAAAACUCACCGGUCUUCAAGUUUCAGAAGGGACACUGCAGGCGAACCGAUGUGGGUCCAAUAAGGGACGGAGCACUGCCACCGAUCGAUCAGUCUAUAAUGAAAUGUCUUGAGCAAGUCUUGAGCACUAUGUCAUGCACAUCGGGUGGGGUAUAAGUGAAGCGAAUUGCUCCUUUUCGUCGUAACAAACCAUGUCAACCGCCAGGGCACCGUCUCGUUACUCUACCCCUGGGAUGUUCAGCACAUUCAAGCUGGACUGCAAGGCUGCUGCACUCGAGUUCGUCGGGACAACAUUCUUUCUACUCCUAGGGCUCGGCGGUAUUCAGGCGGCCAAUGGCGAGGCUGAGUCCAGUGGUACCACCAUCGAACAUGUGAUGUACAUCGCGACGUCCAUGGGUUUCAGCCUUCUAGUCUCCGCUUGGUUGUUCUACAGGAUCACCGGUGGCCUCUUCAACCCCAAUAUCACACUCGCACUGUUUCUCGUGGGAGUGAUGAAUCCCGUAAGAUUCGUGUUAUUCUGCAUCGCACAGCUGGUCGGAAGCAUUGUUGCAUCGGCGUUGUUGCUUGCGCUGACUCCUGGACCGCUGGCUGUCAACACGUUCCUCCAAAAGGGAAUCAAUUCAGCUCAAGGCGUUUUCAUCGAAAUGUUCCUCACGGCAGCGCUGGUGUUAGCCGUUCUGAUGCUCGCCGCUGAAAAAUCUCAAGUCACUCCAUUUGCACCGGUUGGCAUUGGCCUAACACUAUUCGUCGGACAACUAUGGGCUGUCUUUUACACGGGUGCGGCUAUGAAUACGGCACGUGCAUUCGGGCCUGCUGUCGUCACCGGAUUUCCUUACCCUAGCCAAUGGGUGUAUUGGGUCGGACCCUUCCUGGGCUCUCUACUGGCAUCUGCCUUCUACUCCAUGUUGAAAUGGAUGCACUAUCAAGAUUUGAAUCCUACACAGGCGUCCACGCAUGAGAAUGACUCGCCAGAUCCGCUUGCCGUGGCACUGAGUAGUACGGAGAACCCUUUGCCCGACAGAAACGGUGCAGGAAGGGGCGAGGGAAGCGGGUCUAGUGAAGUGUAGAGUCACUUUCAAUCUCUGAAGACUUUUGCCCGAACUAGGACAUGCAAUCCAACAGUUUUAACUCGCACGCAGGCGUAAACGGUGUCUUAUAUUGGUAGAUUGUAGUUAGAUCUAUGUCUAUUGUGUG